AUGAUUAAACACUUAGAUUCAUCUUAAUUUGAUGAGAAUCAUUAAUAUUAAGAGAUGAAGCAAACAGCUUAAUUCUUUAAUCCAUAAAAGAAUUAGUUGGGUUAAUCUAUAAAAUUUUAAUAAAAGGAAUUACAAAGAGUUCCAAUGAAAAGUCCAAAAUAAUAAGCUAUAAAACUAAACUAUGAUGGAAGAAAGAAUGUAUUAAAUAAAUAAGUUAAUGAAAAAACAAAUUCAUAAACAAUAAAAGAAGAGGGAAUAACUAAAUCGCCAUAAUAAAAUUUAUAGAAUCUAUACAUAACCCCUGUUAUGCACAAAUUUGGGUAUAAAGUGCUGCCUAACUAGUUCUCCACCAAAAUUAAUGAAUGUUCCAUAAGUAAAACCUUUAUCUCCACCUUUACCUAAAUGUUCAACAGAGCAUAUAAUAAUUACUUAAAAUAACUCUGUUGCUCCAAAUAUUUAAUCAAGUGAAAAAGAUAAAUUCUUUUAGAAUCCAAAGACAUCUGGAAAUUAAUUUAACAUUAGUAUGUCAGAUCUACAACCUAAUUAAAAACAACUUUCAAAAAAACAAACUGGAUAAUAUGUUAAACCAGAAUAUCCUUCCUAUUAAAAAUCUUUAUUAGAUAGUAAAUCAUCUAAAUUCAAUUCUGAAUAAAUGGAUAAAUCUAAUUCAACAAACUUUCUUCCAAGAAUGACACCUUAAGCUUAAAAAAUUAAUGUCAAUUAAUAUAUAGGAUAUGGAUCAAUUGGAUAAUUAAAAUAAUAAGAAAGUGCUUUAAGAACUAAUUCUUCCUAAUAAACAAUUACUCCUUUUAAUGAAUUUAUUAAUUUACCUAAUGAUGAUGUUUCAAGACAAUCAAAAACUGCUUAAUACAUACUUAGAGAUACUUAAGGAUAAUAAAAUAAACAAUUAUUCGCUUUCAAAAUUAAUAAUAUUAAAUAGAAUGAUCAACAAAUUAAUAAUAUUAAAUAGAAUAAUCAAUAUCAUUAAUUACCUUAAAUCUAAUCACCAUAAUCAAGAGGAGGAAAGCCUUUUUUAGAAAGAACACCUUAAAAAAAGAUUGUCAAUAGAUUAUUUUCACCUAAAUCUAAUAACAAUCAAGUUACAUGA